AUGGGAAGGAAGCUGCGACACUUGCUGAUUUUUCUUCUCAUCAUCCUGAAGGAGCCCAACAUGCCAGAAGCUGACUGCAGCUCUGUUGUAGUAACUAGUGGUCUUGAUCACGAGUAUGAAGAUGUAGACCAACAUAAUCAGACAAGGCAGGGUCGGUCUCGGGCCAUCACUGAAUCCAACAGAAAAAUACCACCUGUAAUAACUAGACGUGAUUCUGAUCACCAGUAUGAAGAUGUAGACAGACAUAAUCAGACAGGGCAGGGCCAGUGUCAAGCCAUCACUGAAUCCAACACCACAGCUGUUGUAGUAACUAGUGGUCUUGAUCAUGAGUAUGAAGAUGUAGACAAGCAUAAUCAGACAAGGCAGGGCCAGUCUCGGGCCAUCACUGAAUCCAACAUAAAAACAGAAGCUGUUGUAACUAGUGGUCACGAUCACCAGUAUGAAAAUAUGAAACAGCACAAGCAGACAAAGCCAAAUGCCCUAAACAAGAAUGCUGACUCCUGGGACAGCAAAAGUGUGAAAACACCACCAGAGGACCCAAACACUACAGAAAUAACCAGUGGUCACGAUCAGACAGAGCAGGGCCAGUCUCAGGCCACAACUCAAUCUUUGGAUUUUAAAGAUUUAUCACAUGAUGCACUACUAGCUGCCUUACAGACAAAUCAUAUGUAUGUAGGUGUGAAAACAACAGAAAAGGAGCCAAAACCUACAGAAAUAACCAGUGGUCACGAUCAGACAGAGCAGGAAGUCAUGGUUUAG